AUGGCGAACCUCCCCUCGCAACAUCCCAACCUCGCCCUCCACUUAGCAGACAGCGCCCUAACACCACUCAUAACAUCCGCCCGCGCACAAUCGCCGCACCUCGAGGCUCUCACAACGCUCUCGCACACCGCCCUCGACGCGCACGAAUCCGCGCAGAGGUUAGGUCUCGGCAUACCACAACGGAUAAUAGUCGAACACGGCUCCGGGCCCGUAUUCCUCCAGACCUUCCUAAGUCCGCACUCAUCAUCAUCAUCAUCAUCAUUCCCCAACCGCACCACCCCUCCAUCACGCAAUACCGGCCUCAGCAAAUCCCGUCCGCAGCACCAAGGCGCCCUGGCCCUAGCCGUCGAGAACCGCUCAGGAUACGCGACGACGGAAACACCGCAUCUCCGCGGCGGCGCAUCACAUCCCGACGACGAAGAAGACGAAGACGAACAUCCCAUGUACCCCCACGAUAACGACGACAACAACGACGAUGAAGAAGAAGAAGAUCCAAACGCGCCCCCAAUGCUCGUCGGCAUCGUAGUGGCGCCGUCUUCAGACUCAAGCCGCGAGGCGCGCCGCGCAGCGGCGAGACUAGAGCGCGUGGGCCGCGAGAUCCAAGGCCGAUGGUUCGAGUUACACCAGGGAGGUAACAAUCCACGUCCGGGCCAGCAGCAGCAGCAACAGUCCAGAACGCAGGCGGGGGACUGA